GGGACGUGCGGAGCGCGCAGACUCGUAGCAGCCGGCGGACUUGUCGUGUGUGCCUGGUGGUCUGCUGCGCUCCGGGAGCCAUGGGGCUCAUGGCUCGGGAGCUAGUCUCCUCGCUUCUGGGGCUGUGGCUGCUGCUGUGCAGCUUGGGGUGCCCCGGGAGCGCCGAGCUGCGGGCCCCGCCGGAUAAGAUCGCAAUUAUUGGAGCUGGAAUUGGUGGCACCUCAGCAGCCUACUAUUUGCGGCAGAAAUUUGGGAAAGAUGUGAAGAUUGACCUGUUUGAAAGAGGAGAGGUGGGAGGCCGUCUGGCCACAAUGACUGUCCGAGGGCAAGAAUAUGAGGCAGGAGGUUCUGUCAUCCAUCCUUUAAAUCUGCACAUGAAGCGUUUUGUCAAGGACCUGGGUCUCUCUACUAUUCAGAGCUCUGGUGGCCUAAUGGGGGUGUAUAAUGGAGAGACUCUGGUGUUUGAGGAGAGCAGCUGGUUUAUAAUUAACAUGAUUAAACUAAUUUGGCACUAUGGAUUUCAGUCCCUCCGAAUGCACAUGUGGGUAGAGGAUAUAUUGGACAAGUUUAUGAGGAUCUACCGUUACCAGUCUCAUGACUAUGCCUUCAGCAGUGUAGAAAAGUUACUACAUUCUCUAGGAGGGGAUGAAUUCCUUGGAAUGCUUAACCGAACACUUCUUGAAACCUUGCAGAAAGCAGGCUUCUCGGAGAAAUUCCUCAAUGAAAUUGUUGCACCUGUCAUGAGGGUCAAUUAUGGCCAAAGCAUGAACAUCAAUGGUUUUGUGGGAGCAGUAUCAUUGUCCUCUGCUGAUUCUGGCCUUUGGGCAGUAAAAGGUGGCAAUAAACUUGUUUGCUCAGGGCUCCUUCAGGCAUCCAAAAGCAACCUUAUAUCUGGCUCAGUAAUGUACAUAGAGGAAAAAACAAGGACCAAGCAUACAGGAAAUCCCACAAAGAUGUAUGAAGUGAUCUAUCAAGUUGGAUCUGAGAUCCGUUCAGAUGUCUAUGACAUUGUCUUGGUGGCCACUCCACUGAAUCGAAAGAUGUCCAAUAUAACUUUCCUCAACUUUGAUCCUCCAAUUGAGGAAUUCCAUCAGUACUACCAACAUAUAGUGACAACUUUAAUUAAGGGGAAGUUGAAUUCAACUCUUUUUAGCUCUAGAGCCUUAGACAAAUUCGAUCUCAGUACAAUCUUAACCACUGAUAAUUCAGAUUUGUUCAUUAACAGCAUUGGGAUUGUGUCCUCUGUAACAGAAAAGGAUAAUCCUCAACCGUUAACAGAUAGGGGAUACGUUUGGAAGAUCUUUUCCCAAGAAAUUCUCACUAAAGAACAAAUAUUAAAGCUCUUUUUGUCCUAUGAUUACGCUGUGAAGCAGUCGUGGCUUGCAUAUCCUCAUUACAAGCCUCCAGAGAAAUGUCCCUCCAUCAUACUCCACGACAGACUUUACUACCUCAAUGGCAUAGAGUGUGCAGCAAGUGCCAUGGAGAUGAGUGCCAUUGCCGCCCACAAUGCUGCUCUUCUUGCUUAUCACCGCUGGAAUGGGCACACAGACAUGAUUGACCAAGAGGACUUAUAUGAGAAACUUAAAACUGAACUAUGAAAUAACACUAUCACUUUUCCCCCCUUCUGGUUCCAAAUGAAUGUGUGGCAAAGAACACAAUCUGAGCAGAGUUGAUUUUGAAUUAGCUAUUUUGUCAUAAAUUGGUAUUGUUUAACAAAAGUAAUCCCAGUGAGUUAUGAGAAAAUACAGGUUUCUAAUUAAGUGUGAAGGUGUUAACUACUGCAUUUAUGCCAUCUCCAAAAUUUCUUAAUUCGUGUUUUGAUAUCCAUCAACAGUGUAGAAUCACUUGGGAUUUGUUAAACAUAUGGGUUCUCUAGCUCCUCUGGAGAUUCUGAUUUUCUAGGUCUAGGGAAUGGGACCCUGGGUUUUGAACAAAACUUUAGAAUAUUUUAAGCUGAGCAUCUGAGGAAGAGUUUAAAAACAAAUUUUAGUGGGGGAGUAGAUCUCUUGGGCUUCACAGCUGGAAGUGACCUUCAGAUAGUUAGAACUACUACAAGAACUGGUAUCAUACAUCUGGCUUUGGUUAAUUUAUACCCUUUUUCAAAAUAGAUGUGCCCAUGCCAGGAGGCUUGACUUUUUGAAUGUUCUUUGGACUGCUUCUGACUUGAUUUUAUUAGGGGUAAAAUACAGAAGCCUUAGUAGGUUAACUUUGUCACAGAGAAAUCUCAAGUAAAAUGAAAGCAAAUACAGGGUAUUGGUUUAAGAAAUUACAUUUUCAAAUCCUCACCUGCAGAGCUCUAAAAAAUAUUGCUAGACUCCCAUGUGACCAGAGAGUCGGAUUUAGUUGAUUGAGGUUAGGCGCUCAGCAUUGUAGCUAAAAAGUUCCUAAGGUGCAACCUGGGUUGCGAAUCACUGAUGUGGGGGGUUAAGAUGUCUCUAAAGGGGUUUCAGUGCCUUAAAAGUCCCAGAAAACCUAAUGCAUUAUUAAAGCAGAUUCAUUUUGUGAAGAACAAUUUCUCUCAACAAGAACUCUAGUAGUAAUCUUGACAGUCCGCAUUGUCAGUCUGAUGACAGAAGCAACUCAGAUUACUCCAGAGCCACUGACUUUAGAGUAGGAUAUUCAGAAUGAUUACCACACUUGAUCAAAUCCAGUCCAUGUUCAAACUAUUAAAUGCUUCUAAAACUACUAUAGCAUUUGGGGUUAGAAACAGGUUGCUGAAACCUUGUUUUUAAGGCAGUAGUUCUCUACUUUGGCUGCACAUUGGAAUAACUUUUUAAGAUUUUAAAGCUUCUCAAUUGAUUCAAAUAAUGCAGUCAAACUUAAGAACCAGUUCUACAUCUACUGUAUAAAGAUAUCAUGAAUGGUUGCCUUUGUAGUCGGUCACUAGUAGGACAGAAUGAAUAAAAGCUUGUGAAUUCUAAAAGUAACUGUAACAAAGUUUAACAUGGAUUGUUGGAGUCCAUCAGAUUAUAGCAGUAGCUACUUUUGCAAAAUGGUGUAAGGGAACACCUAUCCUUAGUUGAAAUGACUUGUCUCUACUACAAUUGUGAAUAUUAAUGUUGUUAAAACUGCCAAAAUAUAUUUGAUGUAAAGGCAGGGAUUAAAUUUAUAUUUGUCAGAGGGUCAGCUUUCUAAAAAUUUUGUUCUUAACAAGUACGUUAAGAGGCAGUCAUAUUUUUCCUUUUAUGGUUUUAAUGAAGACAAUAUUGUAGAAAAUGUAAUAUUGUGUUUUAUGUGUGCUAAAGGUAAAUAAAAAUUGGUAAUGGAAUAAUUUCUAUCACUCA